AUGAACGACAUGACUCACGAAGACAGAGAGCAAUCGUACUUGGAAGUCCAUGGAAUUGUAGACAGAUUUAAUGAGACUCCAACGGCAGUUCAAGAAGCUCUAGAGGGAAUGAAGGCAGCAAUUGAAAAGAGUACCAAGAAAGAUGCCUUAAAGCUUGUUGAAUCAAUGGACGAGGCAUACAUCAACGAUUCUUUGCUUCACCUGAAAUUUCUUCGUGGUGAAAAGUUCAACAUUAAAAAAGCUGCACAAAAGUUUGUGCAACAUUUUGAAUUAAAGAUGGAACUGUUUGGAGAAUCUAAGCUUGUAAAGGACAUUGAACAAGAAGACCUGGAUGAAAAUGACACCAAGGCUCUAUAUCUUGGCUACGUUCAAUGGCUACCCCUUAGGGACAUCAGUGGGCGAUUGAUGUGGGAAUUGACUCAACCUACUCCUCGCCCAGAGGAGCAAGGUGAUCCUGCGUCAACAGAGGAUCUCUUGAAGCAAAUUAUGCUCUACUACCCUGAAGCAAUUGAUACCUUCCCCUUGGACUUUGCGACCCUAUCACAAGCCCAGAAUGAUGAUGAUCAAGUUCAAGAAAAAGUACAACAUGGUGCUUAUGGUACUACUGCCUUUGGUGACCAUAAAAUGGUAAACAAGAUUGUCAAUGGCGACCCUCGUAUUGUUGUGCCUGAAGCUUUGCAUGACUCAACCGUCCAUUGGUAUCAUGUGAUCCUUGGCCACUGUGGUCAAGACAGACUCAUCAAGUCCCUUCAAAAUCAUCUUCAUUUCCCUGGCCUCGGCGCAAAAGUGAAGGCCUUUGUUGAGACCUGUGAUGAGUGUCAGCGUUACAAGAACAACGGCCCUGGUUACUGCCAUUUGCCUCCUCACGAUGACUAUCCUGCUCCUUUUGAAGAUGUUGCCCUUGACCAUGAUGGUCCUUGGACUCUCGAUGUAUCAGAGUUUGGAAAGCUUGUCUUCCAUGCUUUGACUCCUAUCAUGGAUAUUGCAUCCGACCUGUUGGAGCUUUUGAUCUACAAUGCUGCUGGUUCCUUCACUGCUCCUACCUUUCAACUGGCCCUCAAUUGCAAUGGAAUUACUGGAGUCCCUAUCACAGUCAAGAACCUGCAGUCCAACACUAUUGUUGAGCGAUCCCAUGCUACUAUUGACAACAUGCUCCGAUCCUAUCAAACUGCAAACAUCCCUGACAACGUCGGGACUGCCUUUGAAGUUAUCGAUACUGUCUUUGCCUCUGUUCAGCGUGCAAUGCGUACUGCUGUCAACAAGUCUCUUGGUGCCUCUCCUGGUGCUGCCAUCGUCUUCCGUCGUGACAUGCUUCUCAAUGUUCCUGCCAUUGUUGACUUGGAACAAGCCUCUGAUCGACGCCAAGCUGUUGCCAUCGGUAACAACGUCACUGAGAACAAGCGCCGCCGCUACAAGAACUACAACAUUGGUGAUGAAGUUUUGAUCCUGGCCCACAAGCCUCACAAGAUCAUCAUGGGUGCUCGAGCUACAGGUCCUUUCACCAUUACUACUCAAGUUCAUGUCAAUGGUACUGUCACCAUUCAACGUCGCAACAAUGUUACUGAACUCAUUAGCAUCCGCCGACUCAAGCCCUACAAUCGUCGCCUCUAA